AACUGAAAAGUCACUUACUUUUUACACAAGCAGAAUCAUUGUUGAUUUGCAAUCUUUCGUUACUACAAGCUAUUGGUCUGUUUCUGCUUGUCACACGAGAAGCCAUGGAUUUGGAAACGACUAAUUUGCGUCGUGACUGGUGGCUCGUAAAGGUACCCAACUAUGUAGGACAAGCCUUCGCUACCAAGGAGUGUGGCGAUUGUCUUGGAAAGUUGAAAAUCACCAGGACUGCUCGUGGUCAAGAGGUAAAGUUUGAUGUUGACCCGGACAUAAUCGUGGCUGGCAAACGGCCAUCUGAAGAAGAGCUGCCGCGUGCACAUAAGCUCACCAUGCACGCAGCGCCGAAGCAUUCUCUGGCGGUGCUCUCUGAAUCCAUGCCAUCUCAGGAAGCCAUCGCUGCAAGCCGUGCAGCCCACACUACCCUCCAACCAGAUCAUGUUUCCGUGGAGGGACGUAUUGUACAGAGAGCUGAUGCCAAGCCUACGUCGUAUAAGGCGUAUAUUGCGCUCAAGAAGAAACAGGUGGAAAUAGCACAGACGCCCGUGAGGCCGGUACAGAGGAUCGAUGGCCCCGUGCCAAUCAAGCCCAUUGCACACAUAGUUCAGCCUGACAAGUCGCAGAAGGAUAACAAGAGAGUACGUCUGCCAAAGGAAGAGGUUGAGGAGAAAUUGUUCAACUUGUUUGAGCGCCAUCAGUACUAUAGCUUUCAGGAUCUUGUUCGGCUCACCGAACAGCCGCCUGCUCAUUUGAAGGAGAUCUUGAAGGGCAUAGCUAUCUACAACACGAAGAACCCGCACAAGAACAUGUGGCAGCUCAACUCCUUCUUGCAGCGAUAUGAUGAAAAGGAAUCGACCGACUAAAGACGACACAGCCUCUGCUUGGCGAGCCGCCAUUGCUCAACUUUCUGUUCCCAUUCUCAUCGGGCCAGCUACCGCGCUUUGACUAGCUCUUGACAGUGUGGGCAGUUUCAGUUUAGUGUCAGUGUUAGUACUUGACGAUGUCGCAGCAAUACCAUGCCCAGGAUGCUGAACGCCAUCACGCCCCACGACUGGAGUAACGAGGCUUGUGUGCUGGCGGAUGUACACAGUAUGCACCGCCUUGACAUGACAGCUAGGCUUGGCUAUGGUUGUUUUGGGGGACACCUACUUGAUUCUGGAGUGUCACCAGGGGUUCUUGAAUAUUGGGAAUUUGGGACACCUACCUCAAUGGUGUAUUACAGUGUACAUGUACAUGGCCAAUUUUAACGCUACACUGUCUGUGCACUGUCUGUGCACUGUCUGUGCACUGUCUGUGCACUGUCUGUGCACUGUCUGUGCACUGUCUGUGCACUGUCUGUGCACUGUCUGUGCACUGUCUGUGCACUGUCUGUGCACUGUCUGUACACUGUCUGUACACUGUCUGUACACUGUCUGUGCACUGUCUGUGUACACUGUCUGUGUACACUGUCUGUGGGACAGUGUACAUGUAGUUGUGUUGGUCUCGUUUUCUUCUCUACUGUACAUCUAUCCAGGUUAGGUUUUAUUCAGUUCAUGCUCCUCGGCUGCAAACAUGAAUCUAAAUAAUUAUUCUUUGUUGAAGUACAAUUUUCACUGAAUGUGUUCUGCUGAUGUGGUGCAUGACAGAACUCCUUACAUGACGAACAGCA